AUGGGCGCGCUGGAGCCGGGCACCGGAGCCCCCCGGCCCGCCGCCCCCAUGCUCAGCGCCGCCGCCAGCUUCGCCAAGGAGCCGCCGGGCCCCCGGGACGCCGCCGCCGCUUUCUUCGGUGAUGGAGGGGGACCGGAACCGGGAGCCCCCCCGCUGCCUUACGGCGCUCCCGGCGGCUUCGGCGGCCGGUUCCUGGGGCCGUGCCCGCCGUACCGGGCGCCGCCGCCUCCCGCCGGGCCGGUGGAAGGUUACGCGGGCGCCGAGGGCGGUUUCGGCGGCGGGGGGGCCCCGCUGUGCCCCCCGCUCUGUGCCCUGCCCGGGUACCGGGCGGCCGGGAAGGUGCAGGUGAUGCUCAACAAUUACCCGCUCUGGGCCAAGUUCCACAAGCACCAGACCGAGAUGAUCAUCACCAAGCAGGGCAGGCGAAUGUUCCCCUUCCUCAGCUUCAACCUGUCGGGGCUCAACCCCGUGGCGCACUACAGCGUCUGCGUGGACGUGGUGCUGGUGGACCAACACCACUGGCGCUACCAGGGCGGCAAAUGGGUGCAGUGCGGGAAAGCCGAGGGCAACAUGCCAGGGAACCGCCUGUACCUGCACCCCGACUCGCCCAACACGGGCGCGCACUGGAUGCGGCAGGAGGUUUCCUUCGGGAAGCUGAAGCUCACCAACAACAAAGGAGCCUCCAACAACGUCGGGCAGAUGAUCGUGCUGCAGUCGCUGCACAAGUACCAGCCGCGGCUGCACGUCACGGAGGUGAAGGAGGGCGAGGGGGAGGACGGGUACCCCUCCCCGCACACCCACACCUUCGCCUUCCCCGAGACCCAGUUCAUCGCCGUCACCGCCUACCAGAACGCCGACAUCACCCAGCUGAAGAUCGACCACAACCCCUUCGCCAAAGGAUUCCGGGACAACUUUGACUCGAUGUACGCGGCCUCGGAGAGCGACCGCCUGACGCCGUCCCCGCCGGAGGCCGCGGGCUGCCAGCAGCUGCUGCCGGCCCCGCGCUUCCAGCCCUUCGUGCCCGAGCAGUACCCGCUGCCCCCGGGCCGCUUCUUCGGGGGGGACCGGGGGGCUGCGCUGCCCCUGCCCCCCAAAGACCCUCCCCACUGGUACUUCCCCCCGCAGCAGCCCCCCGGCCCCGGCGCGCUGGAGUACGGCGGCUACGACGGGGGGUACGGGGGUGGCAAGCUGGUGCCCUACGGGGUGAAGCCGCUGCGGCAAAAUGGCUCGGAAAGAGGAGGGGGGGAUUCUGCACCCCCAGUGCUGGGGGGACCAGCCCCAUGCUGGGCACUGCUGUGA